AUGGUCUCAAGUGCCUUAUCAUUGUGCGCGGCACUGCUUUUAGCUGCUUUUUCUGCUGUAUCGAAGGCACAAAUAGCUUAUGUUACUUCUAUUGAAUCAUUUCCUACUUAUUCGGAACCGCAAGUAUCUUAUGCCACUAGUUAUCUCGAACCGGUUACUCAAGGUGAGGGUCCUUAUGUUACAGUGGACGGACUAAUGUUUAAUGAUCCGUAUAAUGCAUCUAGAGAUGCUAGUUGUUUGUUGACUCCAGAACAACAGGCUGCUGUUUUGGAGGCAACUAAUAAGUUCAGAUCUAUGAUGGUCGACACUCCUAAUGUGACCUGGAAUGAUGAUUUGGCCCAACGGGCUGCGUGGUGGGUUUGCAGUGGUGGUGUUCACAUUGUAGGAGACCCUCCAAGUUACGACUACGAUAUUGGUUCAAACGCUUACGCGGGACCUGGUCCUCUAACCCACGGUGUAGCCAGCUGGUUUAAUGAAAUCGUUUUUUAUAAUUACAGCGAUCCUUCCUCUCCUACCGUUUGGUAUCAUGAUGGACAUUUUACACAGCUUGUUUGGAAAUCCUCCAGGGAAGUUGGUUGUGCUGCACAAGAAUAUUCUCCCGGUACUUAUUAUCUUGUGUGUCAGUACUUACCUGCUGGUAAUGUACUUGGUCAAUUCCCUGAAAAUGUCAUGCCUCUGAAACCAGCUUAUUAUAAAACUGUUGAUGCUCUCUCAACACUUGACUGGAUAACCAACGCCGCUGGGUGGAGUUCUCUGUCUCAACAUCAAAAAACUCUUACUGUAGCUCCAAUUACUAUAACUCCGACAUCAAAUCCUAACCCUGUUUACACAAUACCUUUUGGAGAUUGGUCAGACCUCUUUCCAUCAACAACCCAGAUAACUUAUUUAAGUGCCACUGACACUUCAACUACCACUACAGCAACAUCUAACUCGAGCAACAAUCAUAGUUCUGCUAUUGAUACUACUGACAAGUCAACUGUCACCUCUAAUAAAUCUACUUCAACCAACAGUCGUGGUUCUGCUAUUGAUGCUACUAACAGAUCAACUGCCACUUCUAAAAAAUGUACCUCAAGCAACAAUCAUAGUUCUGUUGUUGAUGCUACUGACAGAUCAGCUACUACUGCAACAACAUCUACCCCAAGCAGCAGUCGUGGUUCUGCUAUUGAUGCUACUGAAAGAUCAGCCACCAUUUCUAAAAAAUCUACCUCAAAUAACAGUAAUGGGUCUAGUGUCGAUGCCACCAACAAGUCAACAGCCACUUCUAAAAAAUCUACCUCGAGUAACAGUUAUAGUUCUGCUAUAGAUACCACUGACAGAUCAACCAUCACUUCUGAGAAAUCUACUUCAAUCAGUCAUAGUUCUGCUAUAGAUACCACUGACAGAUCAACCAUCACUUCUAAGAAAUCUACCUCAAUCAGUCAUAGUUCUGCUAUGGAUGCUACUGACAGAUCAUCUACCACUUCUAAAAAAUCUACCUCAAUCAGUAAUGGUUCUACUAUGGAUGCUACUAACAGAUCAACUACCACUUCUAAGAAAUCUACCUCAAUCAGUCAUGGUUCUGCUAUUGAUGCUACUGAAAGAUCAACCACCACAGCAACAACAUCUACUGAUUAUACUAAAUAUGCGUUGACUCCAGAAGAACAGGCUGCUGUUGUUCUCGCACACAAUAAGUUGAGAGCUUUGCAUGUCGAUACUGGUAAUUUGACCUGGUCUAAUACUUUAGCUGUAUAUGCUGAGAAGUAUGCUGCCGUUUAUGAUUGUUCAUCUGGUAGACUUGUGCACUCUCAUGGUCCAUACGGUGAAAACCUUGCCCUGGGAUUUCCUAAUGCAGUCGCUGCUGUGGACGCCUGGUAUAGUGAAAUUGCUCAUUAUAAUUACAGCCAUCCUGGCUUUUCCAUGGCAACUGGACAUUUUACACAGGUUGUUUGGAGAUCCACCAAGGAGGUUGGUUGUGCUGUAAAAUAUUGUGGCACCUAUUACCGUGAUUAUGUUGUUUGUGAGUACGCACCUCCUGGUAAUUAUGAAGGUGAAUUCCCUGAAAAUGUCAUGCCUUUGAAAGCAUCUGUUUCAAGUAGUACUUCCAGUAAACCUAAGUCAUCCUCUACCCCUUCUGCUACUUCGAAGAAAUCUAUCUCAAGCAACAGUAAUGGUUCUGCUAUUGAUGCCACUGACAGAUCAACUACCACUGCAACAAUAUCUACUUUAAACAGUCGUGGUUCUGUUAUUGAUGCUACUGACAGAUCAACUGACACUUCUAAUAAAUCUGCCUCUAGCAACAGCCAUAAUUCUGCUAUUGAUGCUACUAACAGAUCAACUACCACCUCUAACAAAUCUACUCCAAUCAGUCGUGGUUCUGGUAUCAAUGCUACUGACAGAUCAACCAUCACUUCUAAGAAAUCUGCCUCAAACAGUCAUAGUUCUACUAUGGAUGCUACUAACAGAUCAAUCAUCACUUCUAAGAAAUCCACUUCAAAGAGUCAUAGUUCUGCUAUUGAUGCUACUGACAGAUCAACCUCCACUUCUAAGAAAUCUACCUCAAUCAGUUAUGGUUCUGCUGCGAAUACUACUAACAGAUCAACCUCCACUUCUAAGAAAUCUACCUCAAUCAGUUAUGGUUCUACUAUUGAUGCUACUGACAGAUCUACCACCAUUUCUAAGAAAUCUACUUCAAUCAGUCAUGCUUCUGCUAUGAAUACUACUGACAGAUCAAUCAUCACUUCCAAGAAAUCUACUUCAAGUAACAGUAAUGAUUCUGCUAUGGAUGCUACUGACAGAUCAACUACCAUUUCUAAAAAAUCUACCUCAAUCAGUCAUGGUUCUACUAUUGAUGCUACUGACAGAUCAACCAUCACUUCUAAGAAAUCUGCCUCAAACAGUCAUAGUUCUACUAUGGAUGCUACUAACAGAUCAACUACCACUUCUAAAAAAUCUGCCUCUAGCAACAGUCAUAAUUCUACUAUUGAUGCUACUAACAGAUCAACUACCACCUCUAACAAAUCUACUCCAAUCAGUCGUGGUUCUGGUAUCAAUGCUACUGACAGAUCAACCAUCACUUCUAAAAACUCUGCCUCAAACAGUCAUAGUUCUACUAUGGAUGCUACUGACAGAUCAAGUACCACUUCUAAGAAAUCUACUUCAAGCAAGAGUAAUGGUUCUACUAUGGAUGCUACUAACAGCUCAACCAUCACUUUUAAGAAAUCUACUUCAAGCAAAAGUAAUGGUUCUAAUAUCAAUGCUACUAACAGAUCAACCACCACUUCCAGCAAAUCUACUUCAAACAGUCGUGGUUCUGCUAUGGAUACUACUGACAGAUCAACCAUCACUUCUAAAAACUCUGCCUCAAUCAGUCAUAGUUCUACUAUUGAUGCUACUGACAGAUCAACCUCCACUUCUAAAAAAUCUACCUCAAUCAGUCAUGGUUCUGCUAUGGAUGCCACUGGCAGAUCAACCAUCACUUCUACCUCUAGCAACAGUCAUGGUUCUACUAUGGAUGCUACUAACAGCUCAACCAUCACUUUUAAGAAAUCUACUUCAAGCAAAAGUAAUGGUUCUAAUAUCAAUGCUACUAACAGAUCAACCAACACUUCCAGCAAAUCUACUUCAAACAGUCGUGGUUCUGCUAUUGAUGUUACUGACAGAUCGACCACCACUUCUAAAAACUCUGCCUCAAUCAGUCAUAGUUCUACUAUGGAUGCUACUGACAAGUCAAUUGCCACUGCAACAAUAUCUACUUCAAACAGUCAUAAUUCUGCUAUGGAUGCUACUGACAGAUCAACAGCCACUUCUAAAAAAUCUACUUCAAACAUUCAUGGUUCUGCUAUGGAUGCUACUGGCAAGUCAACCACCACUUCUAAAAAAUCUACCUCAAGCAACAGUCGUGGUUCUGCUAUGGAUGCUACUGGCAAGUCAACCAUCACCUCUAAUAAAUCUACCUUGAGCUAUGGUAAUAGUUCUGCUAUGGAUGCUACUCACAGAUCAACCACCACUUCUAAGAAAUCUACCUCGAGUAACAGUCAUAGUUCUGCUAUGGAUGCCACUGACAGAUCAGCUACUACUGCAACAACAUCUACCCUAAGCAACAGUAAUGGUUCUACUAUUAGUGCCAAUGGUAAUGCACAUGCUGCUGGUGAAGCUGCAUCUGCUAAAACAAAUGUUGCUCACUCCGUCACAACCGCUACUGUUAAGAGCACACACAUGGUAGAUGUUACUGAAUGUCCAAUUUGCUCACUAUCCACCGCUACCUCUUCGUUUUCUUCCCAAAACGGUCAAACUGCCCUACAUGGCGAACCAGUAUUGAGAGUUAGCACAGUUUAUACUACAGAUGGUGUUGUUAUCACUACAUACACUACUUCAUGUCCAGACAGUGCUAAGACAGGUUCUGUUUCAGCUUCUGCUGCUACUGCUACUGCACCUUCAGACGUAAGCAUGGAAUCUGCCCAUUCCAAUGUUGUUCCAUCUGUAGGUGUUGCUACUUCUUCUUCUAAUUCUGCGGAAAGUGUUACAGUUGCAAAAUAUGAAGGUUUGGCAGCUAGUUUGACCUCAGAUGUUCUAUUCAGCGCUAUUUUAAUGGCUCUUAUUCAUUUGAUCUAA